AUGACUCGCGGAACCAGCACAGUCUCCAAGGUUUUUUACAAGGGCAAGUCUGAGGACUUUAUCGUGUAUGUCGACGACCUUGAGAUCCUGCAGAAGUGGAAGAACGACCGCAGCAUUCCUCUGUCCGAUGUAUUGAACGGCUGGAAGAUCCUUGUGUCUCACAGCCAUGGAGCCCAGGGCAUUCUGGACACCGCUAGCAAAGCCGCUCUAGAGAACGAGUUCGGUACCAAGAACGAGGACGAAGUUAUGAUCAAGAUCCUUGAGGGUGGUGAAUACCAGCCCGAAAGCACCUCUGGGCGUAUCGGUAACACCAAUGAUUCCAAGAGCAGUGCCAACAUUGGU